CUGCUGCUGCUGCUGUUGCUGGGGCGCCGGGCGCGGGGAGCCACCGGGGUGGACGCAGGGCCCGGGGCCGAGCCGUGCACCACGUUGGUGCAGGGCAAGUUCUUCGGCUACUUCUCGGCAGCCGCUGUGUUUCCAGCCAACGCCUCUCGCUGCUCCUGGACCCUGCGCAACCCGGACCCCCGGCGCUACACUCUCUACAUGAAGGUGGCCAAGGCGCCCACGCCCUGCGGAGGCCCUGGCCGCGUCCGCACCUACCAGUUCGACUCCUUCCUGGAGUCCACGCGCACCUACCUGGGUGUGGAGAGCUUCGACGAGGUGCUGCGGCUCUGCGACCCCUCGGCGCCGCUCGCCUUCCUGCAGGCCAGCAAGCAGUUCCUGCAGAUGCAGCUCCAGCAGCCGGCCCAGGACCACAGCCCCGGGCCCCCAGGCCCCAGGGACGACUUCUCCGUGGAGUACCUGGUGGUGGGCAACCGCAGCCCCAGCCGGGCCGCCUGCCAGAUGCUGUGCCGCUGGCUGGACGCCUGUCUGGCUGGCAGCCGUAGCUCCCAUCCCUGUGGCAUCAUGCAGACCCCCUGUGCCUGCCUUGGCGGAGAGGCCAGCGACCCUGCCUCCAGCCCCUUGGUCCCCCAUGGGGACGUCUGCUUAAGGGACGGCGUGGCGGGUGGCCCCGAGAACUGCCUCACCAGCCUGACCCAGGACAGGGGUGGGCACGGCGCACCAGGCGGUUGGAAGCUGUGGUCCCUGUGGGGCGAGUGCACUAGGGACUGCGGAGGAGGCCUGCAAACGCGGACGCGCACCUGCCUGCCAGCGCCAGGCAUCGAGGGCGGCGGCUGCGAGGGGGUUCUGGAGGAGGGUCGUCUGUGCAACCGCAAGGCCUGUGGCCCUGCUGGGCGUACCAGCUCCCGGAGCCAGUCCCUGCGGUCCACGGAUGCCCGGCGGCGGGAGGAGCUGGGGGACGAGCUGCAGCAUUUUGGGUUCCCGUACCCACAGACUGGUGACCCGGCGGCGGAGGAGUGGUCCCCGUGGAGCGUGUGCUCCAGCACCUGUGGCGAGGGCUGGCAGACCCGCACCCGCUUCUGCGUGUCCUCCUCCUACAGCACACAGUGCAGCGGGCCCCUGCGGGAGCAGCGGCUGUGCAACAACUCGGCCGUGUGUCCAGUGCAUGGAGCCUGGGACGAGUGGUCACCCUGGAGCCUUUGCUCCAGCACCUGCGGCCGCGGCUUCCGGGACCGCACGCGCACCUGCAGGCCCCCCCAGUUUGGAGGCAACCCUUGCGAGGGUCCCGAGAAGCAGACCAAGUUCUGCAACAUCGCCCUGUGCCCUGUGGACGGAAACUGGAAUGAGUGGUCCAGCUGGAGCACCUGCUCGGCCAGCUGCUCCCAGGGCCGGCAGCAGCGCACACGCGAGUGCAACGGGCCCUCCUACGGGGGCGCUGAGUGCCAGGGCCACUGGGUAGAGACGCGGGACUGCUUCCUGCAGCAGUGUCCAGUGGACGGCAAGUGGCAGGCCUGGGCCUCUUGGGGCAGCUGCAGUGUCACAUGUGGUGGUGGCAGUCAGCGGCGGGAACGUGUCUGCUCUGGGCCCUUCUUUGGGGGAGCAGCCUGCCAGGGCCCCCAGGAUGAGUACCGGCAGUGUGGCACCCAGCGAUGUCCUGAGCCACAUGAGAUCUGUGACGAGGACAACUUUGGAGCUGUGGUCUGGAAGGAAACACCAGCAGGGGAGGUGGCUGCAGUCCGGUGUCCACGCAAUGCCACAGGCCUCAUCCUGCGGCGCUGUGAGCUGGACGAGGAGGGCAUCGCCUACUGGGAGCCCCCCACCUACAUCCGCUGCGUCUCCAUUGACUAUCGCAACAUCCAGAUGAUGACCCGGGAGCACCUGGCUAAGGCUCAACGCGGGCUGCCCGGGGAGGGGGUCUCAGAGGUCAUCCAGACCCUGGUGGAGAUCUCCCAGGAUGGGACCAGCUACAGUGGGGACCUGCUGUCCACCAUCGAUGUCCUAAGGAACAUGACCGAGAUCUUCCGGAGGGCCUACUACAGCCCCACCCCUGGGGAUGUGCAGAAUUUUGUGCAGAUCAUCAGUAACCUGCUGGCAGAGGAGAACCGGGACAAGUGGGAGGAGGCCCAGCUGAUGGGCCCCAACGCCAAGGAGCUCUUCCGGUUGGUGGAGGACUUUGUGGAUGUCAUCGGCUUCCGCAUGAAGGACUUGAGGGAUGCGUACCAGGUGACAGACAACCUGGUCCUCAGCAUCCACAAGCUUCCGGCCAGCAGUGCCUCAGACAUCAGCUUCCCCAUGAAGGGCUGGCGGGCCACGGGAGACUGGGCCAAGGUGCCGGAGGACAGGGUGACUGUGUCCAAGAGCGUCUUCUCCACAGGGCUGGCAGAGGCCGACGACACCUCCGUGUUCGUGGUGGGCACCGUGCUGUACCGGAACCUGGGCAGCUUCCUGGCCCUGCAGAGGAACACCACAGUCCUGAACUCCAAGGUCAUCUCGGUGACCGUGAAGCCCCCGCCCCGCUCCCUGCUCACACCCUUGGAGAUCGAGUUUGCCCACAUGUACAACGGCACCACCAACCAGACCUGUAUCCUGUGGGACGAGACAGAUGUGACCACUGCUGGGUCACUGCUCUACGAGGUCCCAGCCCUCAGCUUCCUCCUGUCCCCAGAGGGGAGGCCCAGUGGAGUAAACAGGCCAGAGUAAGAUGUUGAGUCACACCAUCUGCCAAAAAGUGAAGCAGAAGGGUCUGUGGCAGAGGGGCGUUUGGGAACAGCAUUGUGACAGAACAACUGUGCAAAGGCCCUGUGCCGGGUGUGUGUGCAGGGCCAGGCAUGCUGCCUCACCUGCCUGCCCCCGGCUCCUCUGGUCUUUCCUGCGUGGAUCUGGAAGCCGAGCUGUGACGCCUGACAGCUUGGGAAGCCACCAACCCUGGCUGCUGUCAGACAGCUUCCUUUGGGUUUUCCAAGUGGCAUAAGCUCUCUGUGAAAAAGAGGGAAUCAGGAAAAAUAAAGAAAGACACCCCUA